AUGGUUCUCCUACCGGACCUGCUCGACCUCGUUGGGUCCUACCUCGAGACUUUCACCCUCCUACAGUCGGAUGCGUUGAUCAUCCCCCCUGUCCACCACCGACUUCCACGAUUGCGAUACCUGACUCUUCUUGUGGGUGUCACGGUCAUGCUGAAUGAGGAACUGCGUAAUUCCAGCGAGCAUGGGACUACUAGUGGCGGAUCAGCGCUAUCUAGUUCGGAUAUGCUACCAUACUCACCCCUUCACACGCAACCCUCUCCGCCCGCUCUCUCCUACAACCACCGUUCCUAUCCGAAGAAGGCUCACGACAACGCGCAGUCGAUAUCUGCGACGCCAUCUUUCGGGCACGUCGAACACGCGCGCUUCCCCGUGCUCGAGCGCCUGCACAUCAUCUGUGGCCGCCACCGCGACUGGACGCUCCGCGAUGCGCUCGUCCACCUGCCGCGUCUUGCGCCCAACCUCACAAACUUGCGGAUCUCCAACGCCACAUACACCCACGGAUCGCAUGAGUGCGUCGCCUCGUUCUUGCACGACGCGUUAGGCAUCCCCCGGCGGACCGAGGGUCAAGAGAGCACGACCCCUACCCAAGGGCCGGGCGGACAGUCUGUGGCUGGUGCCGAGCGCGAGCCCCUAGAUCAGUCAAACCUCACGCUGCGAUCGCCCGCAAUGCCCCGCCUGCGCCGCGUCGCGGUACAUUCUAUUCCCCCGCCAGCCGGUGACCGAUGUGAGAUGUCACACAAGGGCUACCGCGCGCUCGCGGGUGCCAUGCAGGAGCUGCGAGAAGCAUGCGACCUGACUUCUGACACGCGCUUGCGAUGGACGGAGAGCGAGCGCGCGAGACACCAGGUUUGGGAGGAAGUCUGCUGGAAACACUGGACUGAUACGAUCGAGGGCCGCGAGGGGGUCUGGGAAGGCUGGUAG